AUGGUUAUAUCAACACAGAUUUCCCGGCUGGACGGCUUGAUGCUUGCGGCUUCUGUAGACAAUGAACAGGCCGAGUCAGAGCUGUCAGAUGUUAAGUCGCAGACCAAAGAGAUAGUUGCGCGGUUGAAUCGCAACUCGGAGCAACAAGCUAGCAUAUCUUCGGGGCGCUAUAGUCUACAUUACAUCAUUCAGGACGACAUCUGCUUCCUAUGUAUCGCAGAGCAAUCGUAUCCCCGCAAACUCGCCUUCUCAUAUCUAUCCGAUAUCGCGACAGAGUUCUUUAACACCUAUUCUCCAACAAGAUAUCUCUCUUCCUCUUUACGACCAUACGCCUUUGUCGAGUUUGACUCCUUUAUCCAACGAACCAAGAAGUCAUACCAAGAUAGCCGAGCAUCCCAGAACAUCGAUAAAUUGAAUGAUGAACUAAAAGAUGUCACUAAGGUGAUGACCAAAAAUAUAGAAGAUCUCUUGUACCGAGGUGAUAGCCUGGAGCGCAUGGGAGAAAUGUCCGGGAGGCUGCGGGAGGACAGCAAGAAAUACCGAAAGGCUGCUGUUCGAAUAAACUGGGAAUUGUUGAUUAAACAGUACGGUCCUUUUGCGGGAGUUGGCUUCAUCUUUAUCCUUCUCAUCUGGUGGCGGUUCUUCUAG